GUAAACACAGCGAAACAAUCUUAAUUUACAAAUGGUGGCCGUGAGCUGAUGUUCCCCUGUAAACAAGACGCAUUUUUCUUCUUAUUUGUGUCAAUCAGAUAUCUUUCACAAUGAAUUUUUCCACGUUUGGACCCCCUUUCCACACAACGUUGCCACCAAUGCACCAGUUCACAAAAUUCUCAGAGCCGAUGCUUUUGAACGGCGGAGUUCAAAACGCAGUCAUGGUCACCGCUGUGCAGGCAGACACCCUACAGUACGUCCCAGUGAGCCACCAGGAACCCAGUAGCAGUCCUCCCAGACUCACAACGCUGACCUCCAGUGUUCAGGUCUCUCCAACCAAGUACGCUCCCAUGAUGUGGGAAAACAUGCCGAUUUUGACAACCAUCGACAGCAAGAUGGUUGUGCCACCCACGACGCAGGCCAAUGCUCCAGUCUGGCGCCUGGUUGGGUCCAACGGCGAAAUUCUCGAAUACCAAGAGGCCCACGACCUGGUCAAGCCAAUGCACAUAAAGGAGGAAGAAAAACAUCUAGAGGAUUCAAAAAUGUGGUCAGAGGCCAUUCACCCUGACUACCCUGAGAUGGGUCACCCACAACUCGGGUCAAUGCACGUCAUCAUGGAGCAGGAACAGGAAACUGCUCACAUGGAGCAGAAACAGGGUCAAGCCUUUGACGAGGUGCCGCCGAAUGGAAAGAAAAAGCGAACUCGGAAGGCCAAGGUCAAGGAAAAGAAGCCAAAGUAUCGCCCUGGAGAAAUCAGGGUCUCCACUGCUCUUGACGGUUCCACCCUGUUUUGCUGUCCCGAAUGCAACAUGGCCUACGCAGACAGAUAUGAGCUGGACCAACACAUGAGCACACACAAGUUGGAGCGGCGCUUUAAGUGUGACGAGUGCGGGGCAACCCUGAAGAGGAAAGAGCACCUGGACCAGCACAAGCGGGGUCACUCCACAGAGCGGCCGUUCGUCUGCUCAAUCUGCAUGAAGGGGUUCAAACGCAACGAGCACCUCACGCGCCACUACGUCAUCCACACGGGCGACAAGAACUUCUCCUGCAAUGAGUGCGGGAAGGCCUUCUCCCGCAAGGACCACUUGCACAAGCACGCCCAGACGCACAUGGCCAAGCGGGUCAAAACCGAGAUGACCCUGCAAACGCCGCCCCCUCAUGAGACCGAACUGAUUCUCUCUCAGUGCUAAGCACUUAGAACUAUAUUUUUUGUAAACAAGAGGAGUUAGUCAGCUACGAAUUAUUACAUUUAAUGGGGCUAAUUCGAGUCACAGAGGAGCCACUCCAGGCAGGAACUUUAUACUCCCCUAAUUUUGUAAUCUAAAUAUUUUUGUAAACAAUUGAUCUCUCAAGAUUAAUCUUUCUACUUAAAAAGAUUUUACAUAUGGUUGUAAAUAAGUACGUUUUAGUAGAACAUUUUACGAGGAAGUGCCUUUCGAAACGAAAAGUGUGUGAUGAUUUUUCGACACAAUUUUUCUCCAAGAAGUGCUUUAUUGCAAUUUAUAAAGUGCCAUUAUUGAAACAGCGAUGAUUUUUGGUCUCAGAAAUUUUUGACAAGCCAGAUGCUAAAGGAUCUUUCAGAUUGUGGUACAAAUAUUAAAAUACCAGCUCACGACGUUUUAAAGUGAUCUCAUAGUGUUCCACUUUGGAAAAAAUUUAUCUCAUAUUUUGUACUCAAUUUUGUGCGUGUCCUCCCUGCUCUCAAUUUGUAUAUAAACAAAAUCGUUUUUUAAUGAUUUCAUAUGAACCUUUAAGCUAUUCUAAGUAGUAAUUUAUUUGUUAGGAUCUAAGUUAUAAGUUGCAAACAGCAAAAUUCAAAGAUUUCCAUCUACCUCCGCCUUGCAGCUUUUUUUUAGCAAAAACUGUUUGUUGUUUUCAAAGUAUUUUUGACUUGCAGCAGAUUUUAAACGUUCAUUUUCCAACGCAUUUUACUGAUUUGUUUUGUUCCUAUUUUGUGUGUUUUUGUAGACCUUGAAAUCAGUUUUCUGCAAAUAAAAUUCCAGCAAUAAACU